AAACGGAGCACUCAGACGUCUCGUUGGCCACCUUGUGUCUGUUCCAUUUCUGCUGGUAUUUUGCCAACCGUGGAGUUGAGUUGCGAGUGUUUGUAGAAUAAUUUCACAGCAACUGGAGUCGAAACAAUCAAAAAACCAAAAUGGCAAAGCAAAUCGGAAUCAUGUUGUUAUUGUGCCUUGCAGCUGUAAGCGCCAAAGAAUGGCAAGAAACCUAUGAUAAAGAUCUAUGUGCGAAGGUAAAGUGCAAGAAACCACCAGGCUCCAUGUGUACUGUCGUAGAAAAAAACGGUGAACCGUCUACUACGUGUAGCUGUCCAACCGAAUGCUCAGAUGAGUACGAGCCAGUCUGCAGUGUAUUUGGUCGUGAAUAUGAUAACAGAUGCAAGUUGCAUCUGCAGGCGUGUAGCAAGCGAAAGCAUAUAGCAGUUGCUUUUGAAGGAAAAUGUAUUGCUUCUCAGGAACCCUGCUCAGCUGAUGAGUAUAUGCAGUUCCCUCAUCGUCUGUUGCUAUGGUUUGUACAUUUGAAGGAAAUCGAUGAAUUUGGAAGCAUUCAUCCGGACAGUUCACUAAGGACAAUGGAUGUAGCUGAAAGAGAAGAAAUUGCCAAGUGGAAAUUUGAUUUGCUUGAUCGUAAAGGUGAUGGUAAAUUGGACCGCCGUGAUCUGCGUGAUUUCCGUUAUGCGCUAAUGCCUUUGGAACACUGUGCUGAUGAGUUUUUUAAGUCAUGUGAUGUGGACAAUAAUGUUAAGUUAACACUGGAUGAAUGGUACGACUGUCUGAAGGUCUCUUCAGAAUCUUAUGAAGAUAGUGAUGAACUGUAAGAAACUUGCGUCUUCUGCAUCCAUGUUACUAUGGCAAUUGAAUCAACAGUAGCCACCUGUCUUAGGGAUGUGCCAAUAAUUCUGGCGAGGUGACUCAAUCAAAGUCCAGAAACGUCAAUUCGCACAGAAUCUGCAUAUAAAACUCUCUGUGAGAGAAGUUGCACACUAUUUAGCACAAAAAAAGAAAACUAUCCCAAAAAUUUCUGACCAAAUCACCACAUCAGAAUUUUUGGUCCAGCCCUUACAAGGAUCACAAGCAUCACCAUCCAUGGUUGCCUAGUAACAAUACAUUUUAUUAUAAUCUUUUUUUUUUACAUAAACAAAUUUUAAAAGCACAAAGGAUGAAAUUUUUUCUGUUGAUUUAUGAGAAUAAUAAACCCAAUUCUGAAAUAUUCUUUUAUUCAUCAAACACAAAUCACAAUAUAUAGUGAGCUAUCCCAUAAUACAUUGUUUGAUAUUUUUUUUUUGAGAAUCAUGCACUUUUUACACAUCAAAAUCUUAAAUUGCAAUGUAUCAUGGGAUAGUCUUAUCUGCUGUGGCUGUUAUACAAAGUCUUUACUAUUUGAGUAGUAUAUGUGUUGAUCCUGUAUGUGAAUGGCAUUCUGAAAGUUGUCUCAUUUUUAUGUGACAAAUGAAAUAAUGUUAAACUCUUGCUUAUACAAUCAAAAUGAGAUAAUGGGAAUGUACAUAAUAGUCUGAAGCAAAAAAUGUAAGUUGUGCGAUUCUCUGUGUAUUCAUCAUUGAGGGAGCCAUUUUUUUCACAUCAUGAGUGAAACGGACCCCGAGAAUAUUGUCUACAUCACUUGUAACCAUGGCAAUGAGUAAAGAGAAAAUGUUUUUUUCCCAAUUUGGUCAGGUGAAUGACAUGAUUGACACAGUGCAUAUAAAGAGCAGCAUCAUUAGGUUUUUGGUGUGCGGUAUCUACCUCCAGUUUUUUCGAAGGUUGCACUCAUGGGGUUGCACUCCGGUAUAUUCAGACAAUAAUUAACAUCAUAAUUUCAGUAUUACAUUUUGUUUAAAACACACACAAACAUGUUUUGGUUCAAUGUUUGUUUUAUUGUUUACUUACUGUAGUACACCCGGUGUAUGAAUUCAAUUUGAUAGUAACUGUGAAUUUAUACUAUGAAGCUGAAGCUGGACCAGGUUUCGGAUUUUCAUUCAUUGUUUAAAUGCAGUAUUUCAAAAAAAAAUACAAAUCUUGUACGAGUUUCUGAAAUCUGAAACAAUGCAUGAAAAUAACAUCCUAAAUUACAGCGCUACUGUCAGUUAAAAUUUGAAAAUAAACGAAGCACGGGGGCCAACUUCAGCAUCAUUUUGCUAUUGUUUGUAUCUUGUAUAAUGCAAUCUUAACUAAAAUCAAGGAUCAGAAACUGAUUAUAAUGGACAGUUCAUAUUUGACACUGUCAAUAUAUAUACACAUAAUCACUUGGUUAUUUUAUUUUGCUUUUUUAUACUAUAUAUACUGUAUACAUAUAUUUUUUCCAGUUCUUUUUACUUUACAUAUACUAUAAGUAUCAUUUUAAUGAUGGCUUAUACACUGACCAAAUGGUGCUAGGUUGAAGCUAUUUAUUUUUUAAAAUAAAUGCUUUUUACUUUAAAUCAAAUACUCUUUGUUUGACUUUACUUUAAUAUCGCCCUCUAGUGGUGCUUGUAGUAUCUUUUGUUUUUAUGCAAAUUGUAUAAUCAUUUUAAAGAGCUGUAAUCAAUAAAAAUAACCUGUACAAGCAUUGCUGCAUAUAUAUAUUUUUUGAAAAUGUUUUUUUAGUCUUUUUAUCAUCAUGAAAGUACAUUUUCAGUUUACAAUUCUUAAACCUUUAGGUU